UUCUGCGAAUCUAAGGCAGCUUUUAUCUUGUUUCAUUAGUAGUCACCACUGACUGUACUGCUGAAAGCUGGAACCCUGCGCCAUGGACUGGGUUACAAACAUCUUUAUAAGGUAUUUUCUAGGUUUUUUUCUAUUAAUUGAAUCUUAAUCUCACAUACUGUAUUACACUGCUGCCCACGUGCGCAUUUAGUGGAUACUAUACACUAAACUAUACUAUAACGUAAGUCAUAAAAAUUAAAGUCACUGUAUGAAAAUCAAAUAUUUUACACCUGUACACAAGUCUUGAUUUGCUCCGGGUUCGCUGAGGUUCCGUUUGCACUGACAGGUUGCAGUGGAAGGUAUUUGUUAUCCCACAUGUCGUGGUACUGCCUCUAGCAUUACUGCUAAUUAUAGUCUGCUGCCUCUGUCCCAGGCCAAUUUCCAUUUCCCCAUAUCUAUUCCCUAUAAACCAGAGGUCUCCUCUUUAAAUCCUGCACCACUGUCGAUGACCACUGGCCUGGGUCUUCACAAUCUGACUGGCUCCUUACUUCAUUUGUUAUAUAAGCUAUUAUAUUUGCUUUGUAUUAACCGAUUAAUAAUCCCUUGACAAAUGAACCAGUGUGUUAUUCAAGAAUGAGUCUGAUAAAGUUUGCAUGGAUAAUUCAGUCGACAAGAGACUAUAAGACAACAUGCCACAGACAUGGCGUAUAGCACUGACCCCCGUUCUUAUCUCUUUUUGAGUUGUCAGUUCGGACUCAGGGCAGUCGGAGGAGCAGGGAUACCCAGGCAGAUCCACAGGGGCCAAAACAUUAUAGGGGCCCGGAAAUAGAAGUUCAGGGGCCCGGCUGGCGAUAUCUACCGAGAAGGACAUCCACAGGGAGCCCAGAAUUUCUGGCUAUGUCCCUUAAGUACAUUAAGCAGAAUAUUGCUGAAAACAUCACUAUGACCGAAGGUUACAAACACUGUCAGUGCUGAGCGUGUUGGCAUGUCGGAAAUGUUUCCUUUAAAAAGAAAAUUCACGUAAAUCUAAAUCAGUAAAAAUACAAAUCGCAAUGAUUACAUUUUGGUGAACUAGAUCAAACUAAAUAGUGCUAAAAAAAGAUUUUUUUCCGUUUAUGUUUUGCAUGUUUCCAAUACGUUUAAGUUAUUGUUUUAUAUUUUUCUAUGUCCUUCCUGGGAUUGCCGGCAGGAUCACGAUGAUCUUUUACUGCGUAAAUCGCACAGAAGACAGAGUAAAAGUAAGUUUCUAGAUACGCCUCGGCGACUCAUGACAUCGCAUGAUGGCACUGUGUCCCCAGCUAAACGGCGCCGUGUGUCAGCCUGUCCUGGAAAUGGACUCUUUACAAUAACAGGUGUCAGCAUAAUACACGCUGGAAGGUGUGUGGCCGCUGGAAGGAGACGUCUUAAGGCAGGUUUCGCCGCGAAGUGUCAGCAGAUGUAUGACCGCCGGUAGAGGAACUAGGGGAAGUAAAGGGGCGGGUGUUAUUAGUAAGCGGAGCAACAGAAAGCCCCGCAGCCCCGGCAGCAGCAGACAGCAGCGCGGCGAAGCAGGGGAGCGGACGGCUCUGGCUUAAGCACCCGAAACAGCGAAAAGAUCGCCAAUCCGACCGUUUCAACGUCCCUUUAGACUUCGCAUCCCUUCGGUAAACUCAUAUUCGUGUGAUUUGGAUUAGGAGAAUAUUCGGGAAAUUAGUCUUAAAAAGGAUGGGUAUUAUUAGAAGCCCUAACACGGCUGUGUAGUCAGGGAAUUACAGGACCUUUCACAUGAAGAACAUCCUGAAGACCAAGAAGUGAAGACCAAGUACCAUCUGCUUCAGCAGAAAACUGCCUGCGUGCCGUCGGAGUUUAAUGGUAACGUACUGAACUCUCCUGGAAUCUCAUCGUCUGGAUCCCUAAAAUGCCUUUGUAAUGACAAACCUAUUUCUAUAUAUGUCAGUCUUGUAAGGGAGAUUACACUGCCAAUGACAAAUAAGAUGGAAACUGCUUUUUACCAUGAUGACAAUCCAAGCAUGCCAAAUUUUGGACAGGUGUCAGAUUUUGAAGGGUACCAAAGCCAGAAGAUGAUGGGAAAAAAGAAUAUGAUUGCUCAGAAUUUUCCUGAUAUGCUAGGAAGCACGUCUGAACUGAAACUCAUGCAGGGUCUGCCAGUAAACAGCAGUAACCUCAAUGCUAACAGCACAGGAAUUAAUAACACAAGCAGCUCGAUAAUGGCUGCUUCUGACAUGAACCUCCUGAAAUUGCAAUCCCCAGAUUUAGAGCAGCUGAUGAUCCAGUCCAACCAAGGGCUGAUUACAGCCAAUCCAGGCCCCAACUGCGCAGGAAACACCUUUCUCUACAGGAACCAAGUCACCAAUGAACAAGAUGGCUUUACAGAUGGAUUUGACCGGGCUUUGGCUGAUCUAAAUAAGCAGAAUCAGCUUGUUGGGGCGUCCAUUUCUCCAUCCUCUGCCAUUCAGGGCUCCUACCACAGAAACAUAAUGUCCACAGGUGAAUUGCUGACAUACACUAAUAUGAACAGCUACAGUCCCACCCAGAUCACAGGUUCUGCAUCGUAUCUUGGUAGCCAGCUGCCGUUCGCAACUGCCGGUCACUGCUCAGGUCACAGUGGACAAGGCCAAGGGUCCCACUCCCAGAGACGGGGCAUGGAUGCAGUGCAAAUAGUUCCUGAGAUGCCCCACCCACUGGUGGAAUCUACCAGCUCCCCAAAAUCGCUUUCGCCCAUAGACAUGGAGUCCCAGGAGCGGAUCAAGGCAGAGAGAAAGAGGAUCCGCAAUCGCAUAGCAGCCUCCAAAUGCCGGAAGCGCAAACUGGAAAGGAUCUCGCGCCUUGAAGAGAGAGUGAAGGCACUUAAGACCCAGAACUUUGACCUGGCGUCCGCCGCCAGUGUUCUGAGGGACCAGGUGGCACAGCUGAAAGAGAAAGUCACGAGUCACGUCAACAGUGGAUGCCAGAUCGUGGUGGCUAAGCGAGGAGGGACCUGAGCCCUUUGAAUAACAGCAUGGUGAAUGUACUACAUAACUAAUGAUUCUGAGUGUCUGGGAAGAGGCCUGCCUUGCCUGGCCUGCCUUGCCUGGCACAUGCCUGAGGAGCGGAGUGUGUCACACAUAAUUUUUUAGGUGCUUUGGGCAGAUACUGUCUCUCCACCACAGACAGUAACAAAAGGGAAAACAUCCACUGCAGAUUUUAAAAGUGAAACUGACACUGGAACAUGGGCAGAACGACACAAAGAUUCCAGGCAAAAGGAAUCUCUGCACUCUGGACACUAACAACGCCCCAGAACGGAACGUACUGGAAAACUGCUUGGCUUCCUGGGAAUUUUACUUCUGUCAGUACUUGUCUGAUCUUGAGUAGUCAGAAGAAGGAGGAAAAUUAGAGGAAAAUGGUGAAGGUUUAAUAAGUCUUGAUAAGUUAUAAGUAUGUAUACUUCAAGGCUUUACUUGAAUAUUAAAACAGAUUUUUAAAACUGCGCAGACUUUUAGCACCUGACUUUGUGACAAUUGGUGUUGUAGGUCCAAUGUAUUAUGAACAUUCAGUGUCCCAAAUGUGCUGCAGUCUUCAAGUGUGACAUGUUUUAAAUUUAAGUAAAGAGUUGCUAGAUUUACAGAGUAAACGACCUUAGCUGAGUGAUGUGACUAAGGGCACAGGGGGGCCGUUUCCCAAAAGCAUCUCACUAUGAAUUCCACUGAACUCCAGUGAAGUCACAGUCAGCAGACAUCUUGUGAAAUGGGAAAUGCAACCCACUUGCUGGACUGAGUCACAUCUCUUUCUGAAAUGUUCUAUUUGUUUGCUGUCUCUUUGGAGCGGAUUAUGCAUGUGUGUGUCUGAUUAUAUCAGGCUUAUAUAUUUACUACAUAUCAGUGUCUAAUUUAAAUAACGUCUCUUAAUGAUGAAUCAUGUACGUAUAUGUACAGUGCAAAAGUACAUAUACAUUUAUCAGAUCAAUUAGAAAUGCACUGAUUUUUUUCUAGGAAAAUACAGACUUAAUAUGAUAUUCAAUAGUUUCAGUAAAUCUUUAAAUUAUGUAUUAAUAUAUAUAUUUCUCUUGAACUGCAUAAGGUAUUAAUUUUGAAUGAAAUACGUUUUCCCCAAAUGGUUCCUAAUGACUCUAAAGACAGUGUUUUGAAGCUGUGCUGACUCAAGCCACACGUUAUGGAAGAGUAUAGUUCAAAGUAACAGUUUUCAGUGCUAGACAGACAGGUGCAACUCAAAUAGUUCAGACAAGGCCCGGUUUCCCGGAACCUUCUUAACGUCAUUUCUGAGUUCUAUGUUAAAAGAUAGAACUUACGAACGACGUAGCAUUAAGAUGGUUUUAAGAAACUGGGCCCAGGUGGUUACUUAUAAUUGUGGACUGAGUUUUUAUUCAAAAUUAUAUUUUAUAGCAGUUUAAGCAAAACUUCAUGUUUGUGUUGUCUGUGCAAAAUACAUAUUUAAUGUAUUUUUCAAUAUUUGUUUAAAGCAUUGCACUGUUUUUUUUUUUUUUUUUUUUUACAAAAAAAUGUCAAACACAGCAUGAGAGAAUUUUGCCCCCGUGUUUAUCUGCAUCCGUUGCAACAGUAUAUUGAUCUAUGAAAUACAAGAAGCAUUUUAUUAUUGUUCCUGUUAAUGGUCAAGGGGGCUGAUGUUUUCAUUUAUAUUGUUUGAGUUUAUCUGUAAUUUACAUUUGUAAAUUCAUGAUUGUGUGAUAUUAUAAAAAAUGUGACCAUUAAGGCUACAUUUUCAUCCAUCCAUCCAUCCAUCUAUUCCUCCUGCUGUUUAUCAUGUACAGGAUCAGUGGGGGGGGGGGCAUCACAGACACUAGAUAGGGAAAUACCUCAGAGCUCACACACACACGCACAGACACCAACACAUACCCCAACCCUGAAAGUAUGGUCAUUUUUUUGUUUAAAACCUUAAUCUACCUACAAACGAUAGAUACCCUUUUCACCCUGUAACCUUGUACUGAAUAAGCGGUUAUGGAAGAUGGAUGAACGGAUGGGAUUCUCUCUAGUGUCUGUUUACCUGUUAUAAGUACUAUUUAAAUAUAUUUUAACACAAUGUAAAUAAUGCUGCUUAGCCGUAACUACAGUGAAGAAUUUCCAGGUGUAUUUCAUUUUCUGUUUAUGAAUUACAAGCUUUCGAACAGCUAAGGUAGGCUGUAGGGAAAUCAUUUCAGAGAGGACUUGGUCCCGGUGGUGCUAACUAUAAUGGUAAAAUCAGAUUCUGCUGUGUGUUAGGGUUACAAAUGCACAGGGCUUCACAUCAGCUGGGUUGGGGGUUCGAAUUUGUCCUGGCUUUUCAGCUAGAAUGUGCAUGCUCCUGGAAUUCAAGUGAAAUGGUGACUACAAGCGGCCCAACAAUCAACAAAUCAGGAUGAAACUGGAAAGGCGAUUGUUCAUUGUUGGCUGUGCCCUGGUCACUGACCAUGGACUUGUACACAGAGACACAGACUUUUUGUCUUUUCUCCUCUGAGAAACGGGUUUCCCCAAUACCACUUCUUGCUUUACUGUAAUUUGUGACUGAAUGGCAAUCAUUUGGCAUUCAACCUUGUUAAAAAGUUACUUUGAGGAAUUUCCUCCAGACCAACAGCAUUUUCGUCCACAGUGGUGUGAUGACCUCAUAUGACCAAUGGUAGUUAAAGAUCAAUGCUGAACUCCCCGACCUUUCGAAAUCUUCCUUACAAAAGAGUCGUCAUAGAUGACGGGGAAUAUUGUUUAGAAUCCAUUUUAGUUUUGUAUUCCUUGUUCAUCACUGUACUCUAUAAGAUUAUGUAAAAGUUAUUUGGAACGGGAGUUACGUUUAAUAAUAUCUAUCAAUAUUAAAAAUUCCUUAUGGUA